AGUGGCCUGGCCUCGAUGAAGGCCCCACAUCGCAGUGACACAGAUGCGCAACUUGAAGAGGAAAUACCAAUCCACAAGUCUCGGUUAACUUUGUGGCGAACGUCGGCUGCUAUACGCAGCGCCAGCACGAGCUACGCGAUGCUCCGCGCCUGCGGCGCCGCGGCUCCGGCGUCUGUGCCCGCCCUCGUCAGGGCGCGCCUCGCGAGGCCCGCUUCCGCCGUCGCCUCCUCCUCCUCCGCCCUGGAAGAGCUCGCCGCCGACCGCAAAGGUUUGGCGAAAGUGGUACUAAAGAAGGGCAAGACUCAGAUAUUCCGAGACGGGAGUCCAAUGGUGUACAGUGGUGCUGUUGAUAGAAUAAUUGGCCGCCCUCCUCCGAGAACUGGUGAUGUUGUUUUGGUAGCUGAUGGGUCAGAGAAACCUAUCGGAUGGGGUGUCUAUAACUCCGUGUCUAUGUUUUGUGUUCGGCUAAUGCAACUAGAAGAAGAGGCAAAAAGAGAUCCAGCCUCUGCAUUAAAUAUGGAAAGACUGCUCGAAGAAAGACUUUGUUCUGCGGUGGAUUUACGGCGUAGUUUGGGUUUCCCCUCAACUAAUACAAAUGCUUACCGUCUCAUCAAUAGUGAAGGCGACAGAUUAUCUGGUCUGAUAGUGGAUAUAUUUGCUGAUGUUGCUGUAAUUGCUUCAUCUGCUGCUUGGGUUGAGAAAUAUAGGCAACAAAUCCAGUCACUUGUUAGCAAAGUUAGUGAUGUUAACCAUAUAAAGUGGAGGUCAUCAACUGAUAUUCUAAAAGAAGAAGGAUUAGAUAUGUCAGAACAAAAAGAACCUGCACCCUCUUCAUACUCUGGAACUGUGAAGGUUAUGGAAAAUGGCAUCAUCUAUCUAGUCUCUAUGGAGGGGCAGAAGACAGGUUUUUAUGCAGAUCAACGGGAAAGUCGCCACUUCAUAUCCACACUCUCGAAGGACCAGAGGGUUCUGGACCUUUGCUGUUACAGUGGUGGUUUUGCUCUUAGUGCAGCCAAGGGCGGUGCAACAAAUGUUACUGGCAUUGAUUCAUCAGGAUCUGCACUAGAUCUUGCCAAUGAGAAUAUUCUUCUAAAUAAGCUUGAUGCUGAGAGAAUUUCGUUCUUAAAAGAAGAUGCAACUACAUUCAUGAAAGGUGCUAUCUCAAGAAAUGAGCUGUGGGACUUGGUAAUCCUGGAUCCUCCAAAGUUGGCACCUCGAAAGAAGGUGCUACAAAGUGCAUCCGGUAUGUACAGAAGCCUGAACGCUCUUGCAAUGCAAGUGGUAAAGCCAGGGGGGUUACUCAUGACAUGCUCCUGUUCUGGAGCUAUGACCCAAAGUGGUCUCUUCCUUAAAACCAUUCAGGGUGCUGCAUCAAUGGCCGGUCGAAAGGUUACGGUUUUACGUCAAGCAGGAGCAGCUUGCGAUCAUCCCAUCGACCCUUCAUAUCCUGAAGGCCAGUAUCUCAGCAAUUACUUACUCCGAGUAAUGUGAAGAAGGGACAGUCAAAACAUUCUACUGACCAGUAACCAUUUCCGAAGAGCUGAUUUCUGAAGUUGUGCCUCUAGUUUGAUGUCCUAUUUUAGUCAUAAAGGUUAGGUGUAGAAAUUUUCCGAACAAGAACAUAUGUAUCUUGUAACCCUUCAAUGAUUAUCUUAUCAGCGUAUAUUGCAGAUCA